AUGAUCAGAGCCUUGGCCAGACAGAACAACAUCUUUACUAGACCUGCCUUCAAAUCUACACCCAGAGUUGCCUUGAGAUUCAAUUCUAGUAACUUUCGCGUCAACACCCAAUCGCAUGUCUGGAAAUACCAAGAAGAAGGUCCCAAGUACGUUAAAUUCACGAAUGAGCACGAAUGGUUGGCGGUUCACAAAGACAACUCCGCUUUCAUUGGUAUCACCACUUACGCUUCUGAGGCUUUAGGUGACACUACAUUUGUGGAAUUGCCAGAGGUUGGUGUGACUUACGAAGUCGGCGAUUCUAUUGGCUCAGUUGAGAGUGUCAAGAGCGCAAGUGAAAUCUACGCUCCUGUGGCAGGUGAGGUUGUUGCUGUCAAUGAGGACUUGGAAAGCAGACCACAGUUGAUUAACGAGGACCCAAUGGGUGGCGGCUGGAUCGCACAAAUCAAAUUGGCCGAAUCCGCUGAUACAGUUGCAGCUAAGGAGGAAUUGUUGGACGAGGCAGCUUAUGAAGCUAGUUUGUCCGAACACUGA